CUUCUCAACGACAAGGACCAGCCUGCAUUAUGAUUGCAUGCUUCUCUUGUCACUUGAUAUUUCCUCAAGCGCCUCCAAUUUCAAGCACCUGAUCAAGGCGGAAAAGCAGGGAAAAAACCUUGUGGGUGCGUUGAUUUCCAGUAUGGGAUCACCUUUCUCAUCACUGUGGGCAAGACAUAAACGCGCUGUGAAGUAGGCUCACGCCUUUCCAGGAUUGCGGAGAAGGAAGGGGAAAGAUUCUCCAAUUGCAAUUCCACCAUCUCUCCAGACACAGCUAAGGACACAGCAUUCAGCAGCUACUGGGACUUUCGCUCAUCUUUCUGAGCUUAGCUCAAGGGGUUUGCUUGUCCUCCAAGAGCAUGAAUCACCGUUGAUUGGAAUCAUGGCGUGCAUUUGACAGUAAGCAUGGCGCUUCCCUCCAUGGUGUGCCAGCGAUGGCUGGCUCUGGUUGCGGGAUUGUACCUUCAGGCGUGCGGUGGCAAUACAUAUUCAUUUGGAAUCUGGUCUGGCGCCUUCAAGGACAGAAUGGGCUACAGCCAGCAACUUCUCAAUGCCCUCGGCACUGCAAAGGACGUUGGUGACAACGUGGGGGUAAUCGCUGGCACGCUGUAUGACUACCUGCCAAUCUGGGCCCUUCUCCUGUGGGGAUCUGCGCAAAAUAUCCUCGGAUACGGGGGUCUGUGGCUUGCAGCGUCGGGCAGGGCACCCAAACCCCCCUUCUGGCUAGCGUGUGUACUCAUCUGUGUCGGCACCAACGGGGCGACGUUCUUCCAGACGGCGGCCAUUGUGACCCUCGUCCGAAACUUCCCGUCCCACCGCGGCGCAGUUGUGGGCCUCACCAAGGGGUUUGUGGGCCUGUCAGGGGCCAUCUUCACCCAAAUCUACUACGCCGCAUUCGCCCCAAAUCAGACCUCAUUCCUCUUCCUCAUCGCUGUCGUCCCGCCCCUCUUGGCCCUCCUCUGCGCAAACAUAGUCCGUCCGAUCUCCCCGACCGAGUCCGAAGACGAGGAAGAAGAGGAGCACUCCAACUUUAUUUCGAUCUACCUCAUGGGCUUCUUCCUCGCCGCCUUUCUGCUGGUCAGCAUCGUCUGGCGCGAGAUGUUCAGAAUCAGUCACCCGGUAAAUGUCGCCAUCACUACCGUGAUGGUACUGAUUCUCACCUCGCUGCUGCUCGUCCCGGCGAAAGAGUACUUCCUCGAGAAGCGCCAAGCUCGGACGUCAAUCACGGAUCUCGAGGCGCGCGGAACAGAAUCAGUAGCGCUUGUCGAGAGUUCCCGUGGUACUCCAGAGCUCGAUUUCGAAGCUCGGCAGCAUUCGAUCCACUUGCACGACGAGGGCGAUAACUGGCUCGACGUCGAGAACCGCGCCGAGAGCAUUGCGUUCGGGCUGAUGACCGAGGCCGGAGAUGAGCCCCCCGAGAGGACGCCACGUGGCAGCCAGGAGAGGCUGCCACGCGCCAGUUCGGAGGUUAUCGACGUCGAGCAAAGAACCGAGGGCGAUAAGCGAUGGAGCCCUCCACGUGGCAUAACCGAGGAGUCCGACAGCUCGGAAGGGGCGGGAGAACUAGAGGGGGGAUGUUAUCGGAUGCCAAGGAUCGGGAUGGACCACGGAGUGCUGGAGUCGUUUGCGACGCUCGACUUUUGGGUGCUGUUUCUGUCGACCAUGUGCGGGGCGGGGUCUGGGCUGACCGCCAUCAACAAUCUGGCGCAGGUGGGCGCGUCCCUGGGCGCGGGCGACAGCGUCGGCGCAUUUGUGUCGCUGAUCAGCAUCUGGAGCUUCCUCGGACGCAUGGGCGCGGGUCUCGUGUCCGAGCACUACGUCCGAAAGUACGGCACCCCGCGGCCCGUCUUCUCGCUGAUCACGCAGGCCAUCAUGGGCGUAGGCCACCUUCUAUUUGCAUCCGCCCUCCCCGGCAGUCUCUACGUCGGCUCCCUCAUCGUCGGCCUCUGCUACGGCGCGCAGUGGACGCUCAUGCCCGCGAUUGCGAGCGAGCUCUUUGGGCUCGCGCACUUUGGCGCCAUCAUGGCGUGGCAGUCCGUGGCCAACCCGUCCGGGUCCUACAUUCUCUCCGUCCUAGUUGCCGGCUACCUAUACGAUAUGGAGGCGGACCGCCAGAGCCACGUGCCCCACCCGACGGCGCACCCGGGGCUUGGCGGGACGGAUCUAUCGCCGUACUGGGGAGCAGUGAACGAGACGCAGCGGGAGGGGGGGUGGAAACCGUUGGGGCGGCGGAUUUUGGAGACUGAUUCUUCCGGGGGGGCACCUGGCAGCGGCUGGGGGGUUUCUUGGUUGUGGGCUCUUUUGGGGGGUAGUUCCGAUUCGGGGGGUUCUGGAUUGGGGGCGCUUCUGGGGGGUGCUUCGAGGGCUGGGGGGUCUAUGUUGAGGGCGCUUUUGGGGGGGUAUUCUGAAGAGCGAGUGGCGAGCAAGACGUGCAUCGGUGCGCGCUGCUUCCGGCUGACGUUUAUCAUCAUGGCGGGGGUGUGUCUUUUCGGGGUGUGUUUGAAUGUAUGGUUAACGAUCCGCACGCGAGAGUAUUACCGGGGGGUGUGGAAGGAACAUGUCGAGAAGGCGGCGAAUCGGGAGAGCGAGAAGGGGAGUGCCGCAGGGGAGUCGGACGUUGUGAGCGACGCGUCAAGGACAUGAGUCAAUUGUAAAAGCAAAGUAAAAAAUAGCAUGUUGCGUCCAAAUGUCAUUAUAGAUUGGUUACUGUGGAUUCUCUUGUGUCUGUUUUGUGUAUGACGGCCUUUGAAAGAGAGGCAUGGCUAGCUGCUCGAAUGUAUUAGUGUCUGCUGAGGGAGUUCAGGUUCUGAAACGUUCCUCUUUACUGUGGCCGGUACUCAAGGUUUCGCUUGUGCUCAAGAAACUGUUUGGUGAACAGGUCAUCUUACACGUACUCAUUGUUAAGGUCGCUUGUGAGUACCAUGAGGUCCAAUGACCAAAAGAGGAUGCAUACUCGCAACUUGGUUC